AUGUACAUAAAAUAUUCCUAAUUAUAAUAUUUGCUUUAAUCAAUCAUAAUAUACUCAUUUUUUUCUAUUGAAUGUAAAUAAGGAUAUUAUUCAGAUCGUUUUUCUGGAUAAUUUUAUAUUUUUCUGCAAUCUUUAAAUUGUAAAACAUUUUAUCAUUCUAUUAUACAAUUUAAUGAUGAAUGGAAAGUCAAACUUAAAGUUAUAAAUUAAGUUUUGAAAUAAUAAUCAAAUCCAAGAUAUUUUGUAUUAUAGUCAUUUUUUAUUUUUAGUUUCCACAAGAUGAAAGUAAUAAUCCUUAAGAUUAUAAAUUGAUAUGUUAUUUAUGUAAUGAUGGCUUUAUAUUAUAAAAUGGAAAAUGCAUAAAAUAAUGUGAUUCAAAUUGUUAGUAUUAAGAUGGUUAAUAUUUAAUUUAUUGAGUUUAAUUUAAUAAAAAUGUUCAGAUUUUCUUAGUUAUUUUAAAUUUUGUAGAGAAAGAACAUAAGAUGAAUUUGUAACAUUAUAUUCAAAUUAUUUAUUAAAUGAAAAGAAUUUAAUUUAUUCUUGUUAAUGCUUAAAAGCGUUUUCUUUUAAUCAAGAUCUUUAUUAUGAUUAAAUUUUUGGAGAAUUAAUUUCUUGUUAAAAUUCAAUUGGUUGUGAAAAUGUUCUUAAUUAUGAAUUGAAUUUAUACUGUUCUACUGAAGAAUAUUAUAGAACUCUAUAAUUAAUUAGUAAUUUAGAUUAAUAAACUCAAUUUAAAAUGAAGAAUAUACUAUUUGAUUCACUGUUAUAAUCUAAACCAUAACAAUCUAAUUUUGCUGAUGUAAUAUUUAAUUAAUAAUUUAAGUUAGAGUUUGAUUCUAAAUAUGAAAUUAUGAAUAAGAAAUUUAUUAGAAAAAUGAGAAUUUAUUUAAUAUCCAAUCAAGAAUAAAUUUGUUCAGUCAAUUAAAUAAGUUAUAUUUCCUAAAAGUUUUCCAAAUGUGUAUUUAAUUUAAUGUAAUUAUAUUCUUAUAAAAAGUGAUGUUUAAUUAUUAAUAACAUCUAAAAUUGAAAAGCCUUUAAAAAUAAAAGUUUAUUAAGAAUUACACUUUUUAGAUUUUUCAUAUUUAAAAUUUGAAAAUAUUUAAUUUGAAAUACAAUAUACUACUAACAUAAAACUUAUUUUUAUUUAAGGAUUUAAGCCAAUAACCUUAUAAAUGGAAAAAAAUUGAUUUUUACCUUCAGACCAGAAAUAACAAUUGUUAUUCAUUUUCAAGGUAAAUAAAUUUUUUUGAUAAUUUUUAAUUUAGUUAAUCUUUAAAAUUCAUUAUUAUAGAAUUAAAAUCCAUAAAGUAUUUUUUCACUAUCAUUUCAAAACAUCAAAUGCAUAAGUUUAAAUUAUGAGAUUUUCAAUCUUUAAUUGCAUUUUUUUAAAUGUUAAUCUAUUUGAAUUUUAUUCAAAUCAACCAAUUUCAAUAGAAUUUGAUGUAAUUUAAAUUUUUGCCAAUUUAAAUACAUGUUCUUUUUUGAUAACUUCAAAAAUCACAGAAAUAAUGAUUUUAAAUAUUCAAAAUCUAUUGAUUUCAGGUUUAAUGUAAAUAGUCAUCACAUUUUAUAACAUUAAAUAGCUAAUUGAAAAUUAAACAAUAAAUGAAAUGAAAAUUAUCGAUUCCAUUAUUAUAUAGUUUGAAAAUUACGCUGUUAUUAAUAAUAUCCAAAUUAAUUAAUUUCAUACUUGA